AUCGAUAAUCUCACGAUUGUUUUUCACACGAGGGGGAAAAAAGGAGCAGAUACUAGGAUUCUGAACGACAAAUAGACAACGAUGGAAGGCAACGUUGUCGGUUGGACUAUCGUUCUUCUGUUGAUCGCGAGCAGUCUUUCGGAGAUUUCGGCCUUGGCUACUAGCGUUCCAAGUCACAAGCUGAACGAUCGAUGCACCAAAGACGCGGAGUGCGAGUCGAGCAUCGAGGGUAGUCAAUGCCACUUUGGUCGUUGUCGCUGUUUGCCCUACUUUGCCGCGUACAACGGAACCUACUGUCUCGAGGCGACUCUUCUCGGCCAGGAGUGUCUGGUCGACGAACAAUGCACGUUGAAGGUGGCCAACAGCAACUGCUCGGGCGGAUUGUGCGGCUGCAAGCACGGUUUCCUUCAAUUUCGUCGGCACACGUGUCUCGGUCCGGCGAAACUCGGCCAAGUUUGCUACGAGCAUGCCCACUGUCGAUUAUGGGAGGCGAAUUCGCACUGCGAUUUCUUGAUCCCGAACUUGUUCGGUCGUUGCCAGUGCACCGCGCCUACCCGCCGCGAGGCCGACGCUUGCCGGCCGGACGAUCUGGUCAGACCUCCGCCUUUGUUCGACGAUUCCUUAUCGAUCAUUACCGAUCGAGUAACCCCGACAACCACGGACGAAGAGGAGGAGGAGAAGGAGAAGGAGGAGGAGGAGGAGGAGGAGGAGGAAACGGGAGUUGAAAUCGCCUGGCUGAAGGGGAACGAAACUCGAUCAACAUCGGCCACCUUUUUACCGACGGAUUCGAUCAACUCGGACGGAGACGACGCGAUCGUCGUCGAGGCUGCCAACGAGACCGGGGUUACCAACGGCGCAUGGAUAUCGUCGGCAUCCUCGCCGUUCAAGACGGAUCGAGAAGUGGACGCGGCAAGCACCGUGCCAUCGCCACCGUUCUCACCGGUCAGCUUGGGCCACGAUUGCGUCUCCGAUUUCGAGUGUCGAUCGGCCGAUCCCCAUUCCAGAUGCAUCGAUCGAGUAUGCGAGUGCGAAUAUCGAGGGAACGGGAGUAGCUGCGCAGCGAGGAGGACGGGAUGCGCGGCUGGCACGUUCCAAUGCAGAAGCUCGGGGAUAUGUAUCAGCUGGUUCUUCGUCUGCGACGGGAGAUCGGAUUGCGAGGACGGCUCGGACGAGCGUUGCUCGAUCUCGGGGAAAGGAUCGAGGUGUCCCGAACAGGCGUUCAGAUGCGCGCGAAGCGACGUUUGCGUGUCGAGGGCGGUGAUGUGCGACGGGAAGCGGGAUUGCCCGCGAGGGGAGGACGAACUCGGAUGCAGCGAUCGGCGAAAGUGUCCAGAGGGCGCGUUCAGAUGCGACAACGGGCAAUGCUUGCCGGCGUACGAGUUUUGCAACGCCGUGGUCUCUUGCCGGGAUGGAAGCGACGAGCCGAGGGGCGCGUGCCGGAGGCAAGGAAGGGAAGGAAGGGGAGGAAGGAACGCGAUGGCGGCGUCUCGAUGCCCAUUUAGAUGCGACAACGGCAGAUGUCGUUCCGACGCGAUCGCCUGCAGCGGCCGCGACGGUUGCGGCGACGGUUCCGACGAGAGGCGUUGUUCCGUUUGCAGAUGCUCGCCUUUCCCUUAAAUCUUAUCGAAGCGGAAACAAUUUCCGGAUUCGACGAUACGGGAGACACGCUUACGAAGGAGGAUAUAUAUAUAUGUAUAUACGACGGAAUUGCGAUUGGAAAUAAAGGAAUUGAGAGAGAGGGAGAAAAAAAAGAAAAAGGAAAAAGUGGAAA